AGUUUCUUUGCAGAAAGACGUCGGCAACAACAAUUAGCAUGCAUUGCUUUUAGAUGCAGAUCUGCCUGCACUGUUGAUCUGAACAACACCCUAGCUAUCUGAGUUAAAUGUAUCUCUCACGGGACUGAAUCCGUUGUUAACUAAUGUGCCACCUUACCUGGCAUUUCAAUCGAGGUUAAGCUUUUACCUACAUACUGGCUUAUUGUGUCCAAAUGUGAAAAUUCUAUCCCAAAGACCCAAGCAGGGUGCGAGUUUUAAUUAUUCAGGUUAUUCUUUUCUUUUGCUGGCUUCAUGCUGAUGCAGGGUGAAUUUGGGAAAGAAUAUGGGUGUAGCCUAUAAACAAUUACCACACUCAAUGUGGUGCAAACUUGCCAGAAUGGAGCAAUGUGAUGCAUCAUCUUCUUAAAGGAGAAAUCGUUUUUUACUUCUUCUUUUUUACAACCGUGGUCAUUUUAGUUUUAGCCAUCAUUUUGAUAACAUUUUACUCACCAGCUUAAUUGUAGACCUGUUUUAAAUAAAUACCCAGCACGCAAUUUAGUCAAAUUAUUUAAACAAAUUAUUUCGAGAUAGAAUGUUAACACACUUAAAAUGUAUGUUACAAUCAUCCGUGAAGGUGGUUCAACUUUGGCCCUCUGAAUGCAGUUUUACACUGCAUUCAGAGGGCCAAAGUUGAACCAGGGCGCAGCUCUGCAACCUGACCAGCACACAGCCAGUGUGAAUGGGAGAGUGGGCGUGUUUUCCAUUACAGUUUAACUUGAUCCACCAAACGUCUGCAUCAGUAAUGUAUUUCAUUUUAAAAAACUGUGCUACCGUAAUGUUAGUUUUCAUUAACAAUUAAUCUGUCAAUCUUUUUUUUUUUUUGAUUAAUCAUUAAUUCUAUGAAAUUCCAGUUCCAAUGGUUAAAAAUGUAACUGGGAAGGAAACUGUCCCAGAGCCCAAGGUGACAUCUUCACAUUGCUUUUUUUGCCCAACCAACAGUCCAAAACCUCGAGAUAUUCGGUUUCUAAUGAUAAAACAGAGAAAACAACAGAUACUCACACUUGAGAAGAUUGAACCAGCAAAUGGUAAACAUCAGAGGCGGGAAAAGUAUGUCUUUCACAUGGCCUGACAUGGCUGAAAUCAUCAAGUUGACAUCAACUUGUCAGUUGCAACCACCUGAAGUCCGCACAGAGCUCGGGACCCUGAGAGGUGAGUAUGUGAGUGUAAAGGGGAAGGAGACUGGGGUCCAUGCCUACCUGGGUGUCCCAUUUGCAAAGCCACCCUUAGGCCCUGCUCUCAGACUGGCUGCACCUCAGCCCAUAGAGGGAUGGGAAGGAGUGAGAGACGCCACCCAGCAGCCACCCAUGUGUGUUCAACAUAAACAGCUUGUUUUAGAUCUGCUUGACAAACUCAGUGGCAUGUUGGUAGAUGUCCCAGACAUUUCAGAAGACUGCCUUUACCUCAACAUUUACACUCCUGCAAACAGAGCUCACAAUGCCAAGCUCCCAGUCAUGGUCUGGAUCCAUGGUGGAGGGUUUACUUUGGGGUCAGCUUCAAUGUAUGAUGGCUCCGCCCUGGCUGCUUAUCAGAAUGUGGUUGUGGUUCAGAUCCAGUACCGCUUGGGACUUCUAGGCUUUCUCAGCACUGGAGAUGAGCACAUGUCAGGGAACUUUGGCCUGCUGGACCAGAUAGAAGCUCUGAAGUGGAUCCAGCAGCACAUUCACAACUUUGGAGGAGACCCAGAUUUCGUUACCAUAUUUGGGGAGUCUGCUGGUGGAGCGAGCGUAUCCCUCCUGCUUCUCUCACCAUUGUCUGAUGGCCUAAUUCACCAUGCCAUUGCUGAGAGUGGCACUGCCGCAAUGGAUUUACUCGUUGCAAAUGAUCCUCUGCCAGUAAUGCAGGUGGUAGCAAAUGUAUCUGGCUGUAGCCUCGAAAGCACAGAGAAGAUCGCUGAUUGCAUGAGAAACCUCGAUAUUAAAACUAUUGUGACUAUUGGGCAGGAUGAAAGAUUGAGAUUUCCUCUAUAUGUUGAUGGACUCUUCCUGACAAAACCUGUGGAUGAGCUGUUCCAUAAACAUGAACUUCUCACUGUGCCAUUUAUGACCGGCAUUAAUAAUGACGAAGGGGGCUGGUUACUUGCUAAUUUCCUUGCCCCUCCAAACUGGACAGAGGGAAUAGAUCGGGAGCAGAUCGUGAACAUGCUUUCCUUAUUCUACCCUGAUCCUGAACAUGCAAUCUUCAGAGAUUUGGUGGUAGAUGAGUAUACUGGAACCGGUGAAGAUCGUGUGAAGAAUAGAGAUGGGUUCACUGAGGUGCUUGGAGAUUUGUUGUUCACCGUUCCAGCCAUUAAGGCCGCUAAAGCCCACAGAGAUGCAGGCGCCCCUGUAUACCUGUAUGAGUACCAGCAUCCUCCCAAAUUCCUGCAGGCAAAAAGGCCAAGCUUUGUUGGGAGUGACCAUGGAGAUGAAAUCUUUACAGUAUUAGGAUUCUGCUUCACAACUACACAUGUCAAAUUAGUAGAUGCAUGCUCUGAAGAGGAGGAACAGUUGAGCAAAACCAUGAUGAGCUACUGGGGCAACUUUGCUCACACAGGGUCUCCUAAUGGGGACGGCCUUGUCCACUGGCCAAAGUAUGGAGCAGGAGAACACUACUUGGAAAUUGGUUUAAAGGAGCAGGUAACUGCUCAGCACCUGAGGAAGGACCGGUUUGUCUUACUGACUCAGACCCUUCCGGAGAAGAUCCAUCAAUAUAAAGAGAAGAUGGAGCGCAGCGAGCUGUAGAACAGUCACUUCUCCUUUCUCUGUACCAUCUUUUUUUUUGCUGCCAUCUUUAAUCACAAACAAGUCAGCCAAAAUGCAUUAGACAUACUGUGAGACAUUUGUUAAACUAAUGUGAUAAUAACAUUUUAACAAACUGAAGUACCUUUUUAGAACUUUUUGUAGCCUAUACAAAUGAACAAAGACAUUUGGAAAGGAGAUCCUUUCAAAAAUGUAUCUGAAGAUUGAGAUUGAGAAAUGAAGAUUUUCAAAUUCUAUAGUUGAACUUAAAAUGGUUUAUGUGUUGUGGCAGUAUGGGUAUUUUAAAACUUAUAGUGGGGCGAAUACUUUUUAUAGCCACUGUGUAUUGAACAUCAGUUUGAAUCCAAAGCAGCUAGCUUUAGGGAAUACUUCUGUAUAAUCUAAAAGGAGUAGAAGGGCACCUUAAGCCAUGGGAUACCUUUACUGUGUUUGUCCACAUAUUUAAUAUCUCCUUAAUGUUCUGGAUUCCAAUAUAAAAUAAAAAUCUUUUGAAGUUUU